UCAACUGGUCACGUGAUUUCCUCCAUCUUGUGAGAUGUCAGCUUGUGUGUGUGUGUGUGUUUGUGGCAUUGCAUGUUUCUGUGCGUAUGUUGAAGAAAUGACAAGGCCAGGGAAGGGCUCACGAGUGCAAGCACGCUGAAGAAAAAAAGACAUGGACAACAAAGAUAUCACCAGACGCCAUAGGAUCCCAUCUAAAACACCCUUUUCAGAUCAACACCGGACCAAAUCACACUCAAUCUUUCACCAUGGACCAUCGGGGCCUCAGGAUGGAGAGACCACUGAUGAUUCUCUCUCAGCCUUCAAGGAUUGUAACCCCAGGGUACCCCUCUGUUAUCUGCCAAUCUGCAUGCAGGACAAGAGGCUCACCAGUGAGCUGAGACAGCGACGGAUGCAUAACAUGGGCUACUGGACGUCAUGGAGACGGAGUCCGCACAUGAAGAGACUCAAGAGAUUCAGAGACCAGUUUCCUACUGUCAUCUGCAGGCUAUUCCCAUGGCGUUACACAUUUAUUACAAUUGAAGGUCGAUUUGGCAUGGGUGUGAAGGCCUACUUUGUUUUCCUGACGUACUUGCUGAUUUUGAAUCUGCUUCAUUCUAUAAUCAUCAUUGGCACAGUCCUCAUACCUACACUGGUCUACAGAGGAAAUGGUGUUUACACGAAAGGUGACAGUACUUUAACGCUACAGUGUUACUAA